AGACUUUUGAGCAUCAUCUACUGCAUCAGCCAUUUACAUUUCACUUUUUUGUUUUUCUAUUAUCAUCAUGUCAUCCUCUCCAUUUCAAGAAGACCUCCUCACAUGCGCCAUAUGCUCCGACAUUUACACCAACCCAGUCAAACUCCCCCAAUGCCCCCACAUUUUCUGUAAAGAAUGUCUAGAACAUACUCUUCAAUCCUGCGCACGGAAAUGCCCCCUUUGUAAUCGGUUUGCAGGAGGAGGAUACAGAAGAGCACUCCCCCAACUCGCACUAUCACAAACAUGCGAUGCAUAUCGUAAAUAUCUUGAUCAAACUCGUCCGGUAUUGAAAUCGACGUUUACGGGUGGGUGUUCAUUGGAGACGUUGACACUCAAGACGGGAGAAAAGAAACCACGAAACGGGGUUCAACAAUGUGAGAUUAGUGUACCGUGUGAGAAAUCGGAUGUCAGACUACGAGGACGACCGAAAGGGGCUACGAAGAAUCCUGAGCAUAUCUCAGCCGGGACUACAAAGAAAACUGAACAUAUCUCACCCGGGACUACAAAGAAACCCGAACAUAUCUCACCCGAGACGACAAUAGAGGAAUCGAAUAGCAGAUUACGAGGGCGACCGAAAGGGACUACGAAGAAGCCUGAGCAUAUCUCACCCAGGACUACAAUAGAGGAACCCAUUACCAGAUCACGAGGACGACCGAAAGGAUCUGUCAAGAAGCCCGUCGAACAUCCACCGCCCAUUCUUGUAGAAGAUACAAACACCAGACCACGCCGCCAUCAAAACAUGUUAAAACCCCAGACAGUACCAGCAGAUCGACCCCGACCAUCAAAACCAGAGUCCAAAGACCAUAAAAAUACGUCUCAAAACCCUUCCAAACGAACCACGACCUCCACAGACACUGAAAACAAGCCCCCAUUGGCCCUCCAUAUUGAACUUCGCUCUCGGAGACAGUUAAAGCGCAUGGCGGACCAGUUUGAACACACCUGAACUCUCUCUUGGGAAAUUCAAAAAAAGACAUCUAAUCAAAUAUAUAUGAGGUUGCAACAUGGCUCGCGCAUCAUCUCUUUUGUUUUUAAAAACAUAUAUCUAAUUAG